AUUCGCCACAGCUGUACCAAUUGUGGCUGUAUUCUAAAACUCGUAAAUAUUUACACCAAAAAUUACUUUGUGACAUUGUUUUCAUUGAAAUCAAGUAAUAAUAAGUUCACUGCACCAAAAUAACCACCAUUAAAUACGUAAAAUUAACAUUUUAAAAUAUCCGUUUUCUAUCACUGGUUGUAUAUCCACGCUCAAUUCAUCGCACAAUUGCUGAGGCUAAUCCUAAAAAAAAUACUUUCGUACACCUUUCUAAUGACACCGUGCUUGGACACACACCUGACAAUUCUUCAUAUCACCUGGAAGCUAUUCCGAAGCCAGCUACCGUUUCAGCGCUAUACGAAGUGGAGCACAAAUCAGGGUGGUAUGUUUGAAUUUGUUUAAAUGAAGAAUCGUAGCCAUUCUGGCGAAGAUACUUCCGGUCAAGACUGGCACUAACUAUUGAUCAGGGAAGAACAAGAGCGCAUUUAGCAAUAAGGCGACACGAGCGGCUUCAGAUUUCACUUCUUCGUAUGAAAGUUAUUCAAGAUUGCAUUCUUUGCAAGUAGCAAGAAACUGAUUCGAUUACAUUCCACUGAUUAUUCCACUGAUUACUGGUUCGAACACUUAACAAAAAAAUGAUGCUUAAAACACAUAUUAACACUUAAGAUUGCUGUUGUGAGCUAACCUGGACCGGAUGGAUUGCUACUAAUAACUCACCGUUGGCGCGUGAGUGAUCAUCGGUUGAUGUGUGCGUGCAAUCCAUCUGGAUCAUCGUUUGUGCGGUCAACGGGGUCGACCGGCGAACACGCCGGCACUUGGCAACUGGCAAUUAAGGAUAGCGCACGGAAAGGGAACGGCGGGAAACAGUCUUCGUCUUUUUACGUUAGAAUAACGUCUUUUAUGUUAAUACAGUUAUAUGUUCGUUUAUGUUACAAACGCGUGUACCUCUCAGUGUAAUAACAACCGAAGAAAGAAAGGAACAUAUCAGUGGCGACGAGGAGUAAAAAAAAAAAAACAGGAAAAGGCUUGUGAUUAGUUGUGUGCGAAUUUAGUGCUGUUCAUUAAAAAAAAAAAAUACGCGACCGCGAGCGAAGCGUAGAAGGAUGAACACCGGCGAAAAUGGUGCACCGGACUUCUCUAUGGAAGUGGACCAGAGAAGAGCAUCCCUGCUGCGUGCGAGUGCGUUUGCCCCGUCGCAGCAUCUUUUGCCGCCCACCAGCGAAGGGCAAGCGUCGAUGGUGCAACCGCCAUCGCAGAAUGCAGCUUCGCAGCCAUCGCCAGCCGCAGUUCCAGCGCCCACCACCGAUUCGGCGAUGAUAAUGCAGAUGAUGCAGCUAAUGGAACAGCAGAUGCAGCAGCAGCAACAGCUCAUUACGCGUAUGCUGCAACAGCCACAGUCACUAUCACAGCCGAGCCAGACUGUUCCCUCACAGGCCGUUGCCCCCUGCAAUCCCGAACUCAUCAUGGAAGCGUUGUCGGGCAGCAUCAUGGAAUUCCGCUAUGAGGCGGAGUCAGAUAUCAUCUUUGCUACGUGGUUUGCCCGAUAUGAUGAUCUUUUCGCGCAAGAUGCCUUUCGUCUUGAUGAUGCAGCGAAAGUGCGCUUGCUGGUGCGCAAGCUGGGCUUUGCAGAAUACGCGCGCUAUGCCAGCUUCAUACUGCCAAGUGUCCUUCGUGAUGUGCCGUUUGAUGAAACGGUUGAGAAGCUGACCGCUCUAUUUGGGAGAGCGGAAACCCUCGUGAGCAAGCGAUAUAAAUGCUUGCAGCUGAUUAAAUCACGCAAUGAAGACCUGUUGUCGUUUGUCUGCCGCGUUAAUCGCUCUUGUGUUAAUUUUCAGCUAUCGGCGAUGAGCGAAGAGCAGUUCAAGUGCUUGAUACUGGUAUGCGGUUUGAAGGACGAUGCCGAUGCAGACGUGAGGACGAGAUUGCUCUCCCGCAUCGAGGAGAGAGCCGACGUCACGUUGGAGCAACUCUCCGCUGAGUGUGAGUGAAUCUCCAGUCUAAAGGUGGACAGCGCCAUGAUCGCUACUCAGGCGGAGGAGAAAGUCCUAGCGAUACACAGUGCAAGUAGAAGUAAAGUGCAGCAACAGAAACAACAAACACAGGUGCGUAGAUUUCAGCAAGGGCAGCAGAAUCAGCAGCGGAAGAAUUUCGAGGGAACAAGCAAGCCGCCCAGAUCUUGUUGGUUGUGUGGUGAUCCACACUGUGCCCGUAUGCCCUACACAAGUGUUGUGAUUGCGGAAGAACGGGCCACCGCGAAGGAUUUUGUAACCAGCGGAAGAAGUGGUGGCCAAAGAAGAGAAAGUUCAACAAGUGGAACAAAAACACACCGGUGGACACACGUACAGUUACCGUGAAUGUACACAGCGUGCGCCAUGCAAGAAAAUUUGUUAAUGUUUUGAUCAAUCGCUACAGGGUUCGCCUACAGCUAGACACCGGCUCCGCAAUAACUGUCAUUGGACGAAAAAUUUGGCAGCAGCUUGAUGAGCCAACAUUGAGACCGGUAGAAGUCCAUGCGAGAACAGCGCCUGGUUCGCACCUUCAGCUGGAUGGUGAAUUUUGUGCUCAGUCGUGCUCUCUUCAUGCAAAGGUUGUGGACGUGGAAAACACAAGGCUAUAGGGCAUUGGACUGGGAUGAAGAACUCCAGUUGCAGCUUAAACGCGAAUGGCACAACUAUACUGAGCAAUCGAGUAAGGUAGUAAAUGUUACAGUACCACGUUUAGUAUGCCCAUCAGAUUGCACGAUAAUGCAGAUCCACAUAUUUUGUGACGCGUCAGAAAAGGGCUACGGGGCAUGCUCUUACAUACGUGCCGAGACAAUGAAUGGCAAGGUGUCAUCAAUGUUACUAAUAUCAAAGUCAAAGGUGGCUCCAAUCGCCAAUAAACAAACAUUGGCUCGUCUUGAGUUAUGCGCAGCGGUAUUAGGUAGUCGGUUAUACGGUUUCAUCAAGGAGUCAUUGAAGGCCGAGUUAAGAUGUUACCUAUGGACUGAUUCGAUGACGGUACGACAUUGGAUCAACUCAUCACCGAGUCGAUGGAAAACCUUCGUUGCUAACCGUGUAGCAAUAAUACAAAGACAUACAAAGGAGUGUGUGUGGAAGCACGUUCCGGGAGCAGAAAAUCCAUCGGGUUUAGUCUCACGAGGAUGCUUGCCGGACGAAGUAACCACUACUUGGUGGAAUGGACCUUCGUGGUUAUUAAUGAACGAAGAAUUCUGGCCACUGCAACAAGAGCUAAAAAAAGAUGCAGUUAUAGAAGACGAAAAGGCUGUUGUACUCAUCGCCACGCAAAAAGAUCCCUUUAGCAAGCAACUAUUCGCAAGGUUUUCAUCUUACUCAAGGUUGCGAAGAGUAGUGAGCUACUGUUUACGUUUUAUACGUCGAUGGCUAAAACGAGAACAACCAGCAAAGGACAACGACGAUCAAGGGUCAAGGUGGUUGACUACGAUUGAACUUCAAUUAGGAGAGAAAGCCAUUUGUAGUAUGGCGCAGCGCGAUGCAUUUGCAGACAAACUCAGCACAUUGGCGAAGACGCAUCGUGUCUUAGAAACAUCACCGCUUAAAUAUUUACAUCCUUUCAUCGGCACAGAUGGACUUAUUAAAGUAGGCGGCCGGCAAAAUUUCACUUUGUGAGAGUAGCAGGAGAGACUAGCUUGACGUUUGAGGAAGCAUGUACGCUAUUAGCAGAAAUAGAAGCAAUUUUGAACAGUAGGCCAAUUACCGCAAUAUCAACUGAUCCCGAAUCACUAGAAGCACUCACACAAGGUCAUUUUCUAAUAGGAAAUCAACCUAGGAUUCUCGAUGGGGUAGAUCAAACGGAAACAAUACAAAACAGAUUGAGUCGUUGGCAGCUAAUCACAAAAAUGAGCCAACAGUUUUGGAAACGAUGGCAUAGAGAGUAUUUACAAGGACUUACGUUAAAGAAGGGAAAACAAGCAAAACCGAUUGAGGUAAGAGAGGGCAUGUUAGUACUUCUAUUUGAAGAUAAUUGUCCAUCUACACGAUGGCCUCUUGCUAGAAUUGUGGAAGUGCAUAAGGGAAGGGAUGAAAUAGUACGAGUGGUAACGGUAAAAACACAAAGAGGACAAUUUAAGAGACCUGUAUGCAAAAUUCCAAGGAAAGAAUUAAAUGUAUAAUUAAUGCAUUCAAUUGUAAAAUCUAAUCGUAUUUUUUUUUAUUUGAAGCUUACAUCACCAUCCAUACUUUAUUGAUUAUUUGACCAAGUUUUCCAAACAAACCUGCACAAUCUUCUUCUUUUUGGCGUAACAACCUACGUGAUCAUUCGGUCCUGUUUAGGCUUUCGAGAUUUAGUCGGAUAUUCCUUCUUUGCUAUGGAGAGACGGUCUGGUUGGGAAUCUAUUCUGAUGCGUAGAAGCCGACAAAUUUGUCCAAUGUUAUUCAUUGCCUAAAAAUGGGGUUUCAACACAAGUUCUCAAUUGGGUUCAAACAUAGAACAGUAUGAAUUUGUCGCUUUUCAUAUUGUCUUUUAUGAUGUGAAUCGUGCAGUACGCCAAGGGGUCACUAAAUCCUCUUUGCGCCGCAACGAAAUUUGCGCGAGCUACCGUAAAAUCCAAAGGUAACUGAGAGCGAUCCAAACGUAGCUGAAAACGAUCCAAACGUAGCUGACAACG